CGACGAGCAUUUCGUUCCCCACUUAUUUCAUCUCAAACCUCCUCCCUGCGCAGCCACGGUCCUCGGGAAAUGCAGAUAUGUAUCCGGGAGGGCGUGUAAUGCAUCCGUGAUCCACAGGAAUCCAGAAUGCUUGCAGCUGAUUGGCUGCCGCCUCCUGCCUCCGGCUGGGAUGGACCUGUUGGAUAAAAGGACCAUUUUCUAACGACUCCUGCGUUACGCCGAGGAUCAUGCACUGGGGACCGUCGCGCGUAACUCUCUAACAAAUAGGCCUUUUAAAUAGCAUCGGGGACAGCAUGACGGGCAAAGAAGGCGCCGUGCUGGCGGAAAGUUUACAUCUGUCGGAGAAGCGCUCUGUGGGCGCGACCGGAGGGAGCCACAGCCUGCAGCCGAAGGGCGCCGCCACCCUCCCGCAGCCCAGGUGCACCGGCUUCGGCAUCCAGGAGAUACUGGGGCUCAACAAGGAGCCGUCCGCGGCCCCGGCGGCGCCGCUGGCCGCGCUGCCGCCCGGGGCGCACCUUCUGGCCGCCAGGUCCGUGCUGCGGCCCGCAGGCGUGGGCGGCUGCGUCGGGAUGGGCUUCAUUGGCCCUGGUGGAAUUCCGUCGUUUUACAGCCAACCGGCGUUUUUGGAGACGGUGCUGUCGGACGCGCACGACGUGCACCUGCAGCCCCACAGCAGGUCCGUGGGGCCGCUGGACACCAGCCAGUCCGCGAGCUCAGACUCUGACGACUUGUCUUCAAGUGAACGAAAGCUCUCAAAGUCAUCAGUAAAUCAGAGCAAGAAACGCAAGAAAAGGCGCCACCGGACGAUAUUUACCUCUUAUCAGCUGGAGGAGCUGGAAAAGGCCUUUAAUGAAGCGCACUACCCGGAUGUUUAUGCUCGAGAGAUGUUGGCCAUGAAAACAGUGCAAUACAACCAGGUAACUGUGGGGUCGGUGCUGCUGCCGCAGGUGUGGUUCCAGAACCGCCGGGCCAAGUGGAGGAAGAGGGAGAAAUGCUGGGGCCGCAGCACGGUGAUGGCGGAGUACGGCCUGUACGGCGCCAUGGUGAGGCACUCCAUCCCGCUGCCGGAGUCCAUCCUCAAGUCGGCCAAGGACGGCAUCAUGGAGUCCUGCGCCCCCUGGCUGCUCGGGAUGCACAAAAAGUCCAUGGAGGCGCCGGCUCCCCCGCCCACGGGGAAGAGCGAAGCCCUGCAGCAGCCGAGCGCUCAGCGGGCAGAAGACGCGGACGCCGAGGACAGGAGGUCAGAGGUCAGCUCGGCCUUCUCUAAGGAGGAACUGAGGGAGAACAGCAUCGCGGCGCUCAGGGCCAAGGCGCUGGAGCACAGCGCCAAGGUGCUCGGCACCGUUUCCCACGACCGAGCGCCGGAGGACAAACAGGAGAGACAGGCAGCGGAGGAGGAGGAGGAGAGCGAGGGGAGCGGCCCGUAGAGACCGGCCCGUAGAGACCGGCCCGUUCUCACCAGGACCCGCCCGCGCGCCUCCCAGCGCCGCUCACAUCUGGCCUGCAGCUGGACGUCCUCCGGAGGAGCCCCGCCGGCCCCCGGCCUCCGGCGCCCGCGGCUGCACACAGGCUGCAAAUGCACUUUUUCAGAUUUACUUCCAAACAUACAGUUUACAUGACGUUUGUUGUUGCUUGUGCGUAGACGGAGCGAGUGAGCGUGUAAAUACGUGUGUACAUAGAGACAAGAGGAGGCGUUCUAACGCUUGAGCCUGGACCACGGGAGCAGCCAGGACCCCCCACCGACAGAGUCAGAGUCAGAGUCAGAGUCAGAGUCAGAGUCAGAGUCAGAGUCAGUGGGGUCUUAUGCUACGCUGUGUAUAAGGGAUAUAUUAACCUCUCACUAAGGCACACUUUUAAAGCUGUUUCCUUGUAGAUGUUUGUGUUUUCAUUUGCAGUUGUAAAGUACAAAAAUAGAAAUCACUUUUAUUGAACGUGGCUGUGGUCGUCUGUUUAUUUCCACCUGCAGCAGGUGCAGCCGCUGGCUGACAGGAAGCCGGCCUCGCUGUCGCCGCGGCGACCUGCUGUCGCUGGAUGCUCGGCUCGUCAGGAGGAAUUCCCCGACCGCGUGCUCGGUUUAGUGGCCGUGUAAUCCGUCGCAGCUGAGAGCCUUCAAUUUG